CCAUGAUCUUACAUUGCUAAGUUCCUCAGAGCAGAAGUGUGUAAAUCCAAGAAAAUAUUCCCAGGGUUUCACAUUACACCAUAUAAUGGGCUGCUCCUUUUCUUUUUCUGCAUUAUGGAUAGCUUUCAGCCUUGUUCUUGCACUGUCUGCCUCGGCACCUCGAGCUGAUGCACGUGCAUUUUUCGUGUUUGGCGAUUCACUGGUUGACAAUGGCAACAACAACUACCUAGCUACCAGUGCUCGUGCAGACUCACCCCCUUACGGCAUCGACUAUCCCACUCACCGUCCAACCGGCCGCUUCUCUAAUGGCCUCAACAUUCCAGAUAUUAUCAGCGAGCGAAUGGGAAUGGAACCAACAAGGGCAUACUUGGAUCCAUUGCUGAGCGGAAACAAUCUUCUUGUUGGCGCCAACUUUGCUUCUGCUGGAGUUGGAAUCCUCAACGACACUGGAUUCCAGUUUCUGAAUAUCAUUAGAAUUGGAAAACAGUUGGAGUACUUUCAACAGUACCAGACUCGUGUUAGUGGGCUAAUUGGACCUGCAGAAACUCAAAGGCUAGUGAAUGAAGCCCUUGUGCUCAUUACUCUUGGUGGCAAUGACUUUGUCAACAACUACUACUUGGUGCCGUUUUCUGCUAGAUCUCGACAAUUUUCUCUGCCUGAUUAUGUCCGCUACCUCAUCUCUGAGUAUCGCAAGGUUUUAAUGAGGCUCUAUGAAUUGGGUGCUAGAAGGGUUCUUGUGACAGGAACGGGACCAAUGGGUUGUGUGCCAGCAGAAUUGGCCCAAAGGAGCAGAACUGGUGAAUGUGCUGUGGAGUUACAGAGGGCUUCUUCAUUGUUCAAUCCACAACUGGUUCAAAUGUUGAACGGUCUAAAUAGUGAAAUUGGAUCUGAUGUCUUUAUUGGAGCUAACACAGUGCAAAUGACCUCCGACUUUAUCACAAAUCCUCAGGCCUACGGAUUUGUUACAUCAAAAAUAGCAUGCUGUGGACAAGGGCCAUACAAUGGGGUUGGACUGUGUACCGUUUUAUCCAACUUAUGCCCAAACAGAGAUUUGUAUGCAUUCUGGGAUGCGUUCCAUCCAUCUGAGAAAGCCAACAGAAUUAUUGUGCAACAGAUCUUGACUGGUGACAACAAAUACAUGAAUCCCAUGAAUCUCAGUACCAUUUUGGCAUUGGACUCCAGGAACUAAUGAUCAAGUGCUAUGAAUCCUAUUUCCAUUUUAUCUGCCACUUAAGAAUGCUUUGUAUUUUAACUCAAGUUGUUUUGAUAUUUCUAUCUCAGUUUUAGAAGGUGUGAUCUGAAUUAAUUAAUCUUAUGCAUAUUUCCAAAAAAUUAAGUUUGUUAUGCAUGCAUGGUCAAUAAAUACUGUACUGUAUGUAUAGUCGCCUGGAAGGCAGUGGUCUUUGUUUGUUU